GAGAAACACACAUUAACUGUAUUCUGCUACCAUUUCUCUCUCUCUCUCUCUCUCUCACUUUGAUAUCUCUCUCUCUCUCUCUAUUCCUCUUGUUCGUAUCACAAUCAAAGAGAAGACUAGAAAGACUCGCUUCUUGUUCCUACGACCUCCAUGGCUUCCGGUGAUGUUCUUCCUCGUUUCUUCAGUGUCUAUCUUUCCCAGUACAGCUCUGACUCCUUGCUGAUACCAGUUUCGUACUACGAACACUUGCCGCGUCCAUUGCCCAAGACUGCCAUUCUCAUGGGCACUGGUGGAAAGAUUUGGAAAGUAGUAAUGAAGAGCAGGCAAGAGCAAGUGUAUUUUGAACGAGGCUGGGCCAAUUUUGUGGACGAUAAUGACCUCAAAGAUGGAGAGUUCUUGAUUUUUGUCUUUGAUGGUUACCGACUCUAUGAAGUGAGCAUAUUCGGUCACGGAGGCUGCAAGGAGAUUCGUGCAGCCGUUGAAGUUGAAGAAAUCUCUGAUGGGACAGAGGAUGAAAACAAUGAGAUUUCUCUUGAAAGCGUCAUACAAGACGAGGAAGAAGAGACCAUUGAUGCUGAUGCAAAGAGUGACACUGACUAUUCUCCUGAUAGUCCAGACACAACAACGAUCUCUGUGGAAUCUGCUGAGGUGUUCAAUUCGCCCGCCACCACAAGCAGGAAGAGAGGUUAUAAGAAACAUUAAAAACAUUUACUUGUUAGGAUCAAACUUUACUCUGUUUCAGCUUUGUUAGGAUCAAAGUCUACUAUGUUUCAGCUUCGUUAGGUUGAAAACUCUACUAUGUUUCAUCUUUGUUAGGAUUUAAUUAAACUCUGUUUGAGUCUUGUUAUUCUCACUCUUUGUACUCUCUCUCAAUGAGUAGCACCUCUUAAACUUGCUUACUCAGGGAAUCUUGCUUCUCUUUUCAAAUAUGAUCUAGCU